CAGAGAUUCACUCAACAUAAUAAGUCACCAGGUUGAAAAGAGAUUCGAAGGUUUCAUUGUCCUCAACUGCACCCCUCAGGGAGGUUGAUCAAUGGCUAAGUUACCACUACUUUUCAUCGUCUUUGUGGCUUUUACAGGUUUAACUGAGGGUGCUGGUGUGUUGCCAGAUGGUCCUCUGAAUGCAACUGUUGGAGGGACGUUCCUGUUCACUACAUCACUGACUCCAACAGAAACACCAUUUGUAGUUGUGAAUUGGUUUUUUGGUGUAAAUAAUAUAAUAACCUCACAUGCUGCCUCAAACACAACUCCUCCAGAGUAUGAAGGCAGGAUAACUCUAUUCCUGUCUACUGGAUCUCUGGAGCUCAGGAGCCUGACUGAUGCUGAUAGUGGAGAGUACAUCAUUAACAUUACACCAGCUGCUGGAGGCGCUUUAACAGGGAGCACCACACUGAACAUAUAUGAGCCAGUCUCCAAUGUAGCAGUACAUCCCAAAAGUGCAGACUUGGUUGAAUUCAGUUCUGUUAUUCUGUCCUGCACCUCCUUUGGAUCCUCCAUUUCUUUCCUCUGGCUGAACGACACCUCUGAGGUUACAGCCAGUGACAGAGUUCAUCUCACUGAUGGAGGCUCCACUUUGACAAUAGUCAACGUGACUCGCUAUGACCAGCAACCAUUCAGGUGUCAUGUGUUCAAUCCUGUCAGUAAUGACACCAGUGAGCCUGUAAACAUCAUCAUCAGCUUUGGCCCAGAAAAUACAAACUUACUGCUAUCACCAUCAGAAGAAUACUUUGCAGAAGGGUCAGAUGUCAGAUUGUUCUGCUCAACUGAGUCUAGACCUCCUGCCCAGUUUAUGUGGUUUCUAAAUGGAGAAAGUCUGCCUCACUCAGAACCAGAGCUCAACCUGACAAACAUUCAGAUGAACAAUACUGGAAACUACAGCUGUCAGGCCUUCAAUGAUAAAACCAUGAGAAAUGAAACAUCUCAGCUUACAGCUAUAUCUGUACUGGCACAUGUUGCCAACAUUGUGGUGACUUCAGACAGCACAGACCUGGUUGAGUUCAACAGCUCUGUCAGUCUCUCCUGUACCUCCUCUGGAACCUUGCUGUCUUUCCUCUGGCUGAAUGGAAGUUCGAAGGUUACAGAAAAUGACAGAGUUCAGCUCACCGAUGGAGGCUCCUCUUUGACUAUAGUCAAUGUGUCCCGCUAUGACCAGGGACCAUUUACGUGUCAGGUGUUCAACCCUGUCAGUAAUGGCACCAGCAGUCCCAUUAACCUCUCUAUCAGCUAUGGUCCUGAAAAUAUUGAAUUGAUACGAUCAUCAUCACAAGAAUUCAUUGAGGAAGGGUCAAACAUCGGCCUGUCCUGCUCAGCUGUCUCCAGACCUGCUGCCCUGUUUAAGUGGUUUCUGAAUGGAAACCUGCUGGCUGAUACUGGGUCAGAGCUCACACUCACCAACAUUCAACUGAGUCAAAGUGGAAACUACAGCUGUCAGGCAUUUAACAGCAAAACGCUGAGAUAUCAAACAUCUCAGCCUUCAGCUAUAACUGUACUAGAGAAAAUAUUAGGUGCUUCUGUCAAACCAUCAACAACUCUGAUUGAUGAGGGGACUUCUAUCAACUUAACCUGUGAGGCCUCUGGUUCCAUUUGGACCAGGAUGUGGAAGAAGGAUGGCUCAGAUCUGAUCCUGGCUGACAACAUGACACUUUCAGAGAAUAAUAGAUUGUUGUCUUUUAACCCUGUGAAUAGAAACGACAACGGAGAAUAUUUCUGCAAUGUCAGCAACCCUAUCAGCAGUGAUGGAGCUAAAUACAACUUGGUUGUUAACUACGAAUCACCAGGUUGCUCUGCUGGCUGCAUCGCUGGAAUAGUAAUUGCAUGUUGUGUCUUCGUUGCUGUAGCUGUUGGUGUAGGGUUCUACGUAUAUCGAAAAAAAAAACAUCCAAAAACAUCCUCUAAAAGAAACACUUCCAGAGGAGACCAAAGCCAAGACAACACAGGAUACUCAAGUGAGGAGGUGAACUAUACAGACGUCAGUUUUUUGAAGAAAAAUGGUGGGGAAGUCCAGCUGGGGUUACAGAACACCUCCUCAGAUUAUGCUCAAGUCCGAGUGAACAACGGCCCUCCUGCAGCAGCUCCUCCUGACUAUGAUGCCCACAUGCAGCGAGUGAAGAGACAAGCUCCUCAGGCUGGUGCUAAUGGCGUACAAAGUUAAGCUCAGAUCUGUAAAAACUGAUUGAAUUUGAUAUAAAGAAACGUGCACUUCCCCCCUCAGUUCCUAUAUGGCAGACUAAUUUGGGCUUCAGUUUACUUAGUCAAAGCACUUUAAGAUGGUUAAUCAUCAACCAGUUCUAGCAGCUGUCACCAUGACAGAGGUCAGGAGGCCCAUAGUUUCUUUCAUUAUUUUACUGAUACAUGCAAUAGCUUCCCUGUACUUUUGUUCAGCAUUAUAUGUGUAUACAUAAUGCAGAUAUCUUUGAAUCCACACGUUUACUGUGUAAUUUUAGUGGAGAUUCCAGAUUGUAGCUCAUAAGUUAGGGAUUGAUUCUAAUAUUAAUUUACAAUCUUCCAACAUAUCAAUUUGUUUAAAAAAAAAAAAAAAAAUCAGUUACACCAAUAUGAUAGAUAAUGUAUGAUAUACAGUAUGUGCUGAUAAUGUAUAUUUAUAAGGAUCAGGACAUGAAUACUCCUGGAUACUCUGUAAGCCUUUUAAUUUGUCAUUUCUAAAGUAAACAUCAAGGAUUUGCUGUGAUCAAAAGAUUCCUGUAAAAGGUUGCAGUAUUAACCCAAAGAGAAAAGGUCUGCUGUCACAAUAACCUGUAAUGCUGACAUAUUAUUCAUCAGCAAUAACAAGACAGUUUUUGACUGGUCUACUUGAAGCUCAGACAAGGCAAUAGUUCACUGCCGAUGUUUAAAGGACUUCAACAUUCAGACACAGUCCAGCGGUUAUAUGAUGGAUAUCUUCAAGUGCAAUAAAUGCUCAAAGUCCUAAGUCCAUCUAGCAGACAUGCAGAAACUGCAACUUAGUUCUGAGCAAGUUUACAGUAAAUGUAAUCAGAAGUUGUUCUGAUGAUAAAAUAAAGUGCUUUAUCUGUGAGAACAUUACAAUAGUGUGAUUAGAAAAGGAAUGCCAGUUUAUAGUGCCACAUACACUAAUUGUACACAUGUCUAAUUAAUACAAAUCAUCGUCAAAUGUGAGUCGUCAACUGUAUAGACCUUUUGUAACUUUUUAAUUUUUAUGACUAUUUUUGCCAGUUAUAUUAAACGCUGUGUCACACAUCAAGGUGUCACGGCGUGGGGGUGAACCCGAGCAGAGAGCACACAGACGAGGGACUGAGGCAAGAACAAGGUGGAUUUUAUUGUUUUGAACAGAGGUUAAGGGAGUGCUGGACGGGGGGGGGAAAACUGAUGUCUGGAGUGACUCAACUAAAAAGGGGAGGACGGGGGGUGACAGUACCAGGAACCGGCGGCCCGCUUGGCGUCCUCCGUGGUGGGGGUAGGUUGGCGGCGGAGAGCGGACAGGAGAGCCUCGUUCCAGUGGGGGCGACAAGUGGGGUGUUUUCCAGAGCCGAGGGGGGAGUAUGGCAGGCAGAGACCCUCCACGACGAGUAGAAGUUCCAGGGGCAGGCAGCAGGUCCAAGGUGAGGGAGGGGAGGGGAGGGGGAGAGGUCUGGUCAGGGCUGGAUCCAGAGUGCAGGGGAUUGGGGGGGGCAGAGCAGGUGGAACCGGGCAGCUGGGUCAGCAGAGCUAAACAGGAAAACAGGGGUAGACAAGGCAAGGCUUUUUCAAUGGCAAAAUCUCAGCAAAGGUUCAAGGCUGGACGACUGACUGCGUGAGCAGAGUUUACUAUCUGGCAGGGUGUGGAGUGUGCAGCCGGCUUUUAUGGUGGAGAUGAUCAUCAGGUGUGCUGCACCACAGCUGUCCGGAGUUCCGUUGAUGAGUGAUUGGUGAUGAACAGCAGCUGGACAGAGCAGCUCUGCUGAGCUGCAGCAGGAAGGUGGAGAGAGGAAUAGGAGGGAGGAGGAUGAGGGAGGAUGAGGGAGGAUGAGGGAGGAUGAGGGAGGAUGAGGGAGGAUGAGGGAGGAUGAAGGAGGAUGAGGGAGGAUGAGGGAGGUCAGGUGGGGGCUGAAGCUGGGACAGAGGAGGGAGCCCAGACACAAGGCAUUACAUACAAUAGGUUUCCCGUGCCACUUCAUAAAAAGAGUUUUGUUUGUUAAAAAACAAUACAGCAGACUGUAGACUGUUUAAAGGGAAGUUCAGCAUGAUAUAAAAGUGUCACUAUGGACUUUUUAAAAAUGUGUUGUCCUUAUAACACUGAGUAAAUUGUAAAUUGUUGACAAACCACAACCCAAAAAAUCUUCUUGAACAGAUCAUCUGUCAACAAAACUUCUGAUUUGAUUUUCAGAUUUUAAGGGGGAGCUGAAACGUUCAGUAUUGAAAUCUGAAGCAAAAUAGCAGAAGGGAUUUACCAAAGCCAAGCAAAGUGUAAAUGCCAAGAUGUAUUUAUGUUCUGGUUAAAUGUUAAAUUUAACUUAACAAAUGGAGCCAAGCUUUUUGUUUUUUUUUUUUUUAAAACAGCUGUUUUACAAGCACAGUGUUGUAUCCAGAUGUUGUAUGAUUUCAUUCCUUUAUUACAUAAACCACAAAUGCAUUAUUGAGAAAUGUUGUAAUUGUCUUUUUGAUUGUACACAUCAGGUACCAUAACAAACAUGAAUUUUUAAAAAGAAAGACUGCAGUUUCAAGCAGAAUGUAAUUUGGCUAAAGCCAGGUUUCACACAAACCUCAUUAGAUCAAUGCCUGUCUUCUUUGGUAAACUGUUCACCCAGAACACAGUAAUCUGUUGUUAAUAAAGUAUUCUACAUGGAAGUUUUA